GAUUAUAGGUUAGGGCAUGUAGACUGGCCCGACCGACUUUCACCCCCUAAUCUCAAGACAUGGUGUAAAACAAGAUUCAAACCCUCACACAACCUUGUUCUUCGUCUCCGACUCAUUCAUCUCUGCGGUGUGGCUCGUAGGAUUACGGCAACAAGUUUAGGAGCAUCUUCGAGCUUCUCACCUCUGCAAAGGACACCGUGGUGCUUCUUAUUUGUACAGUGUUCUCUCUCUCUGAGGACUUGGAGAAACAUGGUGUGUCACUAACACAGUAUCCUCUCCUCAAAGUGUUUGAAUAAUUUACCACUGUAUAAAGAAAAGAACUAUAUAAAGUGUUCUAACAACCUCGUCCAUAGACAUGGCUACACUUGCUGAUUCUUUUCUUGCCGACCUUGAUGAACUCUCUGAUAAUGAGGCUGAAAUUACCGAGGAUAAUGAUGUGGAUGCUGCAGAUAUGGAAGAAGAUAUUGAUGGAGAUCUGGCUGACCUAGAAAACCUCAACUAUGAUGACUUGGACAGUGUUUCAAAGUUGCAGAAAACCCAGAGAUACAUUGAUGUUAUUCAGAAAGUGGAAGAAGCGCUUAAAAAGGGUUCAGAUGUCUCAAUUCAGGGUGUAGAUUUAGAAGAUGAUCCUGAAUAUCAAUUGAUUGUGGAAUGCAAUGCGCUAUCAGUUGACAUUGAGAAUGAAAUUGUUAUUAUUCACAAUUUUAUUCGUGAUAAGUAUCGCUUAAAAUUUCCAGAGCUUGAGUCGUUGGUGCAUCACCCGAUUGAUUAUGCACGUGUUGUGAAGAAGAUAGGAAAUGAAAUGGAUCUGACUCUUGUUGAUCUAGAAGGGCUUUUACCCUCAGCUAUUAUCAUGGUUGUGUCAGUUACUGCAUCGACUACUACUGGCAAGCCACUUCCAGAAGAAGUCCUUAGUAAGACGAUUGAGGCCUGUGAUCGAGCUCUUGAUCUUGAUUCAGCAAAGAAAAAAGUUCUUGAUUUUGUUGAGAGUAGAAUGGGGUACAUUGCGCCUAAUCUUUCUGCUAUAGUUGGAAGUGCUGUUGCAGCUAAACUCAUGGGGACAGCUGGUGGUCUAUCAGCACUUGCAAAGAUGCCUGCUUGUAAUGUUCAGCUUCUUGGUGCUAAGAAAAAGAAUCUUGCUGGGUUCUCCACUGCAACAUCUCAAUUUCGUGUAGGUUACAUUGAGCAAACAGAAAUAUUUCAGACUACUCCACCUCCUCUGAGGAUGCGAGCAUGCCGACUCCUUGCUGCAAAGUCUACACUUGCAGCACGAGUAGAUUCAAUACGUGGGGAUCCAACUGGGAGCACUGGAAGGGCUUUCAAGGAUGAGAUCCACAAAAAAAUUGAGAAGUGGCAGGAGCCCCCUCCUGCUAAGCAACCCAAACCACUUCCGGUUCCUGAUUCUGAGCCAAAAAAGAAGAGAGGUGGUCGUCGGCUUAGGAAGAUGAAGGAAAGGUAUGCAAUAACAGACAUGAGGAAAUUAGCCAAUAGGAUGCAAUUUGGAGUCCCUGAAGAGAGUUCUUUAGGGGAUGGUCUGGGUGAGGGUUAUGGAAUGCUUGGUCAGGCUGGCAGUGGCAAGCUUCGUGUGUCAGUUGGUCCAAGCAAACUUGCUGCAAAAGUGGCUAAGAAAUUCAAGGAAAAACAGUAUGGUAGCAGUGGCGCUACAUCUGGUUUGACCUCAAGUCUUGCAUUUACACCAGUGCAGGGGAUUGAGCUGACAAAUCCACAGGCUCAUGCACACCAGCUUGGUAGUGGAACUCAAAGCACCUACUUCUCUGAAACGGGAACAUUUUCAAAGAUCAAGAGGACUUGAAGCCAUGCAUGAAUACGGAUUCUUGUUCUUUCUCCUGAAUUAUUCCGGUAGACGUACGAGGAAAUUGUUGAUGCUGAUGAAUGUCGCUUGAGCCAUAUAUGCUGUUCGAUUAUGGGAAGUUGGUUUCAUCUUCAGGGAACUCGGUAGAUGUUCACUUGUUUAACUUUUGUAAUAAUGCCUUAUAAUUUGUUCCUUUUCGCAGUAAUAGAGAAAAUGAUUAUCAGUCUAGACCAACUUUUCAUGCCUUAUAUUACUUUCAUCACUUAUAUUCUCCCUUGUUUUUAAUUUUUUUUUUAUUCAAGCCCGUCUACAUUUUGAUCUAUAAAUGUGAAUAUGUCAAAAUAUUUUUCAGUCACAAUAUAUAAUCCAUUUCCCCCCCUCCUUUUUGUAUAAUUUCUAGCUUCAG